AUGGCGUCCAUUGCGCAUUUCCUGCUGGGUUUCACUCUUUGCCUAGUCCAGCUUGUCGCUGCACAUCCCGAAGAUGGUCUCCCUUCGUACCACUACGGCGCACCCAUUCACGUCGAGUGCAUGAACCGCAGCUCCGAAACAGGCGAACACAUCGAAAAUAACAACCACGAAAUUGAGUGGAUUCCCUUCCCCGUCUGCGAAGAAACCAACAAACCCCUCGAGUUUCGCUAUGGCCACGAAGGCGAGCUGAACUGCACCAUCCCCAUGGUCUCGGAUCCCUUCUUCCACCUCCUUGAAUUCUUCAUCCACAACGACGCGCCCCUCGCCUGUCGCCUGCCGGCCCGGCCCGCCCCUGCUGUUGAGAUCAUUGGCGAGAAGCCGUACGAACAAGAAUACAUCCCUCUCGUUUUCGCCCUCGCUGGCACUCUCCAGCUGAGCCAUCUGCAUGUGAGCACCCACAUGAACGUGCUGCUGCACAGCAUGCCCAAGCACCACCUCCGGCCGCACGAUUCUGGUGUCCUCGACUCCGGUACAGCUUACAGCACGAGUCCGUUGAGCCACAUGGACGGAAUUUACACCAAGAGGCUUGUAAUUGGGGAUCCGCUGCCCCUCCGGCUCUCCGUCAGGUGGUUCCCAACGCCGAAUUUGCCCAAGACGGAGGGACACGUCGAGUGGCAGGGCAUGGGUGGGCACGUGUAUGCGAGCACGGUCUUCUACAUAAUCACGUCCUUUAUGGCGGGCGUGCUUGUCGCUGCGACAUACUUUUUCGGCGUCGUGCUGCCCAAGAGGCUGAGGGGAAGGGGUCUGGGUGGCGCGACACCGCUGGGUUACGGCCUUAACGGUGUUGGUAAUGGAUGGGGAUAUUCCAAAGCCACCAAGCGGAUGGACUAA